GAUCCUACACAUGCUACACGAGGCUGCUGCUGUCCUCUUCUCACACUAGCUGCGCUCCUGGAGGCUGCCUGGCCCCGCGGGGAGGAUUCCUGUCUCCCGCUACCCGACGGGCGCGUUCUGGUUCCAGAUGUGACAGAAUUACGCAUCCCGCCGAGGAUCGCCCGAGGUGGAUGAGAGCGCACGCGUCGGCUCCUUCUGCGGGGACUUUCCACAAAAAACAAAACAGUUUAUUGCUAAGAGCUGCACUCCCAGUACGUUUCUACCCCACGUCCCAGCUGGUGCUGCUGCUGCUGGGAUCCAGGCUGGACGCUGGGACCUCUGCGCGCAACUCGGACCUCCCGGACACCUCCGCGUUUAAUGGAUCCAUUUCCUCAGCUGGUUUGGGACCGUGCUCACUGGUUCUGCACAGUAUCCGGGGGUCGACUGUGUGCAGAGAAUGUGGUUUGCGCCAAUCCAGCGCCGGCGUGAACCCACUCGACCUGCUGCACCUGGACACCAGCGCGCACGGAGCGGAACUCUGAUGCUGAAGAUUCGAAGGCUGAACACUGAAUCCUUCCCUCAAGACGGCCAGUGACGAUGGCUCCUACGUGUUCAAUGUGUAUCUCAUUCGAUUGGCGUCCAGUCUGAUCAACAUCAUCAGCGAUGUAGUCAGCCUGUUCAUCUGCGUGGUGAUCAUUUGCAGUAAAUACUCCCAUCUGCUCAAGCGGGAGACCAUGAAGAUGAUCCUCCUGCGCAAAUUCCGGGUUCUGAUCCUCAUGGUGUUCCUCAUCGCCUGCUCCAUGCACAUCAUGAUCGACCUGCUGCCGAAGCUGGAGAGGCACGGCAACAGCGGCUGCUCCUGCUCCCACACGCCGAGCGAGGAGCCCCAGAGCUGGGGCAAGCAGCAGCAGCAGGGCUGGCCCAACAAGCACACCCUGCGGAUCCUCCAGGACUUCAGCAACGAGCCCAGCUCCAACGUGUCCUCCCACUCCCUGGAGAGGAGCCCGGCGGCCGGGGACAAAACGCAGGCUCUCCGCAGGCUGGAGCUCCACGGGCUGCGCGGGGACAGGAAGAGACAGUUCAUACAGGACGCCGCGGGGGCCAAGAACAUGCCGGUGAAGGGUUCAAGGUUGCUGGCUCUCUACGAGCACCCCUUGUAUAAGAGAGCCCUGCCACCUCUGACGGACGAGGACACGCUGUUCAACGUCAACACGGACAUCCGAUUUGACCCCAAGGCAGCAGAGGAUCAGGCAUGGAAUACUGAAGGCAACUUAGAUGAGUUCAGCCCCACAGGGGAGCUGACAGCAGAGUCCUACCCCAACUGGCUCCGCUUCCACAUUGGGAUUAAUCGAUACGAGCUGUACUCCAGACACAACCCGGUCAUCGAUGCCCUCCUGAAGGACCUGGUCACCCAGAGGAUCACCAGUGUGGCGAUGAAGUCUGGAGGCACUCAGCUGAAGCUCAUCAUGACCUUCCAGAACUACGGCCAGGCUCUGUUCAAACCUAUGAAGCAGACCCGGGAGCAGGAGACGCCGCCAGACUUCUUCUACUUCUCUGACUUUGAGAGACACAACGCUGAGAUCGCUGCCUUCCAUCUGGACAAGAUCCUGGACUUCCGCCGUGUGCCCCCUGUGGCCGGCAGGCUGAUGAACAUGACCAAGGAGAUCAGAGACGUCACGCGGGACAAGAAACUCUGGAGGACCUUCUUCAUCUCGCCAGCCAACAACGUGUGUUUCUACGGAGAGUGUUCGUACUACUGCUCCACCGAGCACGCUCUGUGCGGGAAGCCGGACCAGAUCGAGGGAUCCCUGGCGGCCUUCCUCCCGGACCUGGCCCUCGCCAAACGCAAGACCUGGAGGAACCCGUGGAGACGCUCCUACCACAAACGCAAGAAGGCAGAGUGGGAGGUGGACCCAGAUUACUGCGAGGAGGUCAAACAGACGCCACCGUACGACAGCGGGACGCGGCUGCUGGACAUCAUGGACAUGACCAUCUUUGACUUCCUCAUGGGAAACAUGGACCGCCACCAUUAUGAGACAUUUGAAAAGUUUGGAAAUGAGACUUUCAUCAUCCAUCUGGACAACGGGCGAGGCUUUGGGAAGCACUCCCACGAUGAGAUUUCCAUCCUGGUGCCGUUGACCCAGUGCUGCAGGGUCAGGAAGUCGACCCACUUGCGUCUGCAGCUGCUGGCUAAGGAAGAAUACAAGCUGUCCACGCUCAUGGCAGAAUCCCUGGUGAGGGACCGGCUCAGUCCCAUCCUCAUCCGGCCGCAUCUGGAGGCCAUGGACCGGCGAAUACGCCAGGUGCUGAAUGUGCUGUCAGAGUGCAUCGAGAAGGAGGGCUACAGCUACGUGAUGGAGGACGACCUCCAGGGGGACAGGGGGAAAGACCACGUUCACGCUGGCCCGCGGCGGAGGUAGCUGUCCGGGGGUGAGGCGCCCUGGAUGGAACUGACUACUUGGAGAUAGGAGGCUGGACGCAGCAGAUCCAGUCUUUGUUUUGAAACUGAACUAGCUUCCUGCUACACGGAUGAGCUCCAUCUGUGCUGAAUUCCUCAGAGGGCUCGGUUUGUGCUGAACUGACAGAGGAAGCCCACCUGCCUGAGAUCAACAAAAAAAAAGACGCUGCGUGGAAGUAGAGGCCUGCUGGAAAGGACUUGGACUUUGACGAACCAAGCUCGAGACGCAGGUGAAGAACGCAAGCGGAGAGUCUGGGCUCCGCACGGAACAGAAACCAUUCCACAUCACCCAGACUCCUUAAAGUGUCCAAACCCUGACUGUAGUGUAGGAGAGCAUCACCGCACCACGGCAGACCCCCGCACCCACUGACCCACCGCAGCAUUACCAAACCAGUCUCCCACGAGACGCCUUCUCUCUGUCUUGUCCGGGACCCUUCGUUUGAAUUCAGUGAAUUCUGAGGGACUUGUGCAGAACCUCCUGACCCCUCCCCCCCCCUCAACACAAGCUGAGUCAUGUGUUUCUAAGUAUCGUCGGUGUUUCGAGUGUUUCAGUUCAUGGAGGAGGAGGAGGAGGAGGUCAACUUCCUGUUGUCUUAAUUAUCAAAAGGACGUUUUGAUUUUCGCUGCAGAAUGUUUUAUUGCGUUGCGGUUUUUUUUUUGUUUUUUUUUUUAUAUUCUAUUUCUGCUGAGCUGUUUCAGCUCCUACCAUUGGUAUUGGAGAAGGAAAUAUUUGAUUGGAGUGCAGGUUUACUCCUGGAUUUGAUUAAUUUUGCCCAUAAAUGUCCUUGAGAGAGUAUUUAUUAAAAAUCCAUAUUUAUUGUUUGAGGGUUUUCUGUUAAUAAGAGCUGUUGAAUUGACAUCAGAGAGGUGUACUUCUUCAUUUGUCCAGUAGAGGGCAAACUGAGCAUGUGCAAAAGUAGCGACCAGGUCUGUGCCUGUCAGUAAAAUGACCCCUCUCCAUAUUUCAACCCGUUUCCAAAUAUCAAACCUGAUUUCAAAUUGUUUUCCAGUCACCAUGAGAAGGAUUCAGAAGAGCGAGUCUGUGCCUCUGUUUACAACAUUUAAUCCAAACUACUGUUCUUUUCUGUUUCUAUUUCUUUCCAUUCAACUGACAGGAGGUUACGUUUCUGGUACCACGAGCCAAAUGUGACCCGAAAAGUUUUAUAUUUUUGUUUUCUUUGUAAUAUAUUUGAUGUCCAGAUGUUACUGUUGUGGAGAGAUUAUUUUUCAGGAUGUAAAUUUCAUUCAUCGCCAACAGCGGACGGCCGAACUGUUGGCCUCAGUGAUUCAGCUGAAAGUUAAUAUAUAGAUUAGGAAAAAUCUAGUGCCUGUGCAAUGAUAGAAAUACUUGAAUGUCUGGUUUCACAGUGGAAAAGGUUCGAGCUUCUCCCAGGUACGAGAUAAGACCCUGAGGUCUACAUGUAUAUCUCUGUGUGUGUGUGUGUGUGUGUGUGUGUGUGUGUGUGUG